GUGAGGUUGGGUAUAUGAACGUGCACAUUUUUGUACCAUAGGACAGACUGGGAAAACUGAGCCUUUUCAACCCGGUCCAUAGGGUUCUUUGCUCUCUAGACAGAAGAUGCCAACAAAUGGGAUCCACCAGGUUUUGAAGAUCCAGUUUGGCCUAAUCAACUCGGAUAACCGCUAUCUGACAGCAGAAAGCUUUGGCUACAAGGUGAAUGCUUCAGCGCCCAGCCUGAAAAGGAAGCAGAUAUGGACCCUGGAACAGGAUGGAGACAGCUCUGUAGUCUUCUUGAAGAGUCAUUUAGGUAGGUACUUAUCUGCAGACAAAGAUGGCAAAGUUUCAUGUGAAGCUGAAAAGCCAGGAGGUGAUGGGCGUUUUGUCAUUGUCACUCAAUCGGAUGGGCGUUGGGCGCUCCAGUCGGAACCGUACAAGCGUUUCUUUGGUGGUUCUGAAGACCGGUUGUCCUGUUUUGCCCAAACCAUCACAGAAGCGGAGCUCUGGGCUGUGCACUUGGCCAUCCACCCCCAAGCCAACCUCUUGAGCGUGAGCAGAAGAAGGUAUGCCCACCUCAGUGCCCAAGAGGAUGAGAUCUCCACUGACAGCAACAUCCCCUGGGGGGUGGACUCACUCAUCACGCUCACCUUCCAGAACAAGAAAUAUUGCCUGCGAACCUGUGACAACCGCUACCUGCGCAAUGAUGGCACCCUGGUCAAGGAACCUGAUUCCCGUGCAGGCUAUACUCUGGAAUUCAAGGCAGGGAAGCUAGCCUUCAAGGAUUGUGACGGCAAAUAUUUAGCACCCAUGGGACCUACCGGCACUCUAAAAUCUGGCAGGAGCUCCAAACCGGGCAAAGAUGAACUCUUUGAUCUGGAAGAGAGCCACCCACAAGUGGUCUUCCUGGCCUCCAAUGGCAGAUAUGUUUCCAUACGGCAAGGGGUCAACAUCUCAGCCAAUCAGGAUGAAGAGACACACCAUGAGACCUUCCAGAUGCAGAUUGACAAAGAGACCAAGAAGUGCAUCUUCCAUUCGAACACAGGCAACUACUGGACCUUGGUGUCACAUGGGGGGAUUCAAGCCAUGGCUACUGAAGUAUCUCCUAGCACCAUGUUUGACAUUGAGUGGCGUGGGCGCCGCGUAGCCCUCAAAGCUGGCAACGGCAAAUAUAUCUGCACUAAGAAGAAUGGACAACUGGCAGCUGUCAGUGACACAGUGGGGGAGGAUGAGGAAUUCGUUCUCAAGCUGAUCAACCGGCCCAUUCUGGUUCUUCGUGGGACUCACGGCUUUGUGUGUUACCAUCGCAACUCCAACCUGCUGGAUGCCAAUCGUUCUGUCUAUGAUGUCUUUCAUAUCAUUUUCAAUGAUGGCGCCUACCAGAUCAAAGGCCUCGGAGGGAAGUUCUGGUACGUGGCCAGCAACGGCACGGUGUGCAGUGACGGGGAGAUGUCUGAAGAUUUCUUCUUUGAGUUCCGCGAGUGCAGCCGAGUGGCCAUUAAAGGGAAGAAUGGCAAAUACCUCCGAGGUGACCAAGCUGGAACCCUGCGGGCUGAUGCAGACACCCUGCACCGGGCCACGCUUUGGGAGUACUGAUGUGUCCUGCUGGCCAUGUAGCACCUUAGAUACACUCUAGGGCCCACCACAGAGGCCGAGGGAGCUCAGGGUGGACACCGAGAUGGGGCAGGAGAAGGGGAAGCCGACGGAUCCGCACCCAGAUGCCAGAGGGAUUGAUAAUCCUCCUGAUACUAUCCGUGGAAAAAAACACCUCUGGCUGGGUGAGUGGGCAGAGAAGCCUCUUGCCCUGUUCUCUGUAGCCUUUCUCUGUCUAGCCAUAGAAGCAGCUCCUUAAUAAGGCUCCCGGGAGGGAGAUACUGUGAUGUUAAUCAAUCAGGAUUAAAGCAGUAGCGGCCCCACUUCAGAGUCAGUAUGAUAUGCCUACAGCUGUCUUCUCUUUCCCUCUCUUGAAACUGUUACACGUUACCCCUUCAAGGCUGUCAGAGCUCCAGAAUCCUGUGUGGUGGCGUCGGUGCCAUGAGCUCCGUACUUCAGAUAGGGAAGACCAACGGAGCAGGGCCCUUUGCAACUUCAAGGAGGAGUUGUUAUUAUGCUGGGGAACCACAGACUGACUGAAGAUGCAAAAGGCAAGUGUUAGGGAUGCUGAUAGAGAGCAAUCCCCACCAUGAGAGUUGCAUGCAGGGUUGGGGGAUCAAUUUUAUCCCUUUAUCGACAGAGGCCCCCAGCAGAAUCCAGACUGCUCUAUCUCCUGUUCAGUUUUGUCAGUAUUUUUCUUUAGUUUGGGUCUGCAAUGUUUUUUUUUAACCUGUUGUCCUUGUUUAACAAAACAGCUGUUAAGUUCCAACCCUCCUGUGAUUCUCUCAGAAAUCAUAGGCUGAGCUCUUUUGUGUGCUUUGCAUUUUUGUGGGGCGCCGCUCCUGUUCUCGCUGCUUUUGCUGGAGAAUGGAGGCUGCCUAUGGAUGCAGUUUAGACGCCAGUACAGUUGAGAAUAUCUUCCAUAGGGGUGGUCUAGCUGCAGAGAACUGUAAAGUCCAGAAGGGAGAAUGGCAGGAAGAAAACUGAUUUCAGUCCUCCACAAUCAGUGUCCCUUGGAAAGAAACUGGAAGGAAACUAGCUGAGGUCUUUGUAUGCAGAUUGAGGAGGGAGUGGGGAAGGAAAGUGGUGCAGGAGACCCAAAUUUAAGCCUCUUCCAAGUUUUUGCAACCCUCUCAGUCCUUUUGCAGGACUUAAGCCGGUCUGGCCUUCAAAAGGGCCUCCAUGCUGUGGCUGUCAGAAUAGCUGCCUUCUUUGCACACACUGGUACAUUCUGUAUCCCUUCAACAAAUAACUUAAAGAAGAGGAAGGAAGCCACCUCAGUGGAGCGUCCUGUUUCAUCAGCUGUAUAGGGAAGGCAACUGCCUGGCAGCCCCCUGCGAGAGACCACCGUUUCCCGUACUGCUGCUUGGGAUAAAAUGGAGGCCCUUGCUCCAGGAUCCUGAGGUGGCCUGCAAGAUUUGGGUGGAAAGUUUUGGUCAGCUAGUUUGCUUUUAAAUGGCCACACGCCAGCAUUACCAGCCCAUCUUCAGAAGAUACCUCCUCCCUGGAAUUUUAUUCUAAUUAUUGAAAAUGGGGCUUGCCCUGCCCAAAUACCAAAGAAAUAAUAUGCCCUCGGCAGAGAACGUCCUGCAGACAGGACAAUCUCUGGAGGAAAGAGGCCUCCCACCACUUUGUGAUUUCACUUAAUUUAAUUACUAUUUAUAAAAGCAGGGAUAAAUAUGCUCUUCUCUGCUGGGGCUGAGAGGACUAAAACAAACAAACAAAUAAAUAAAAAAACACACCAAAUGCUGGAUAGUGAACCAGAAUUAAAGGGCAGUAGUACUCUUGCUUGUCUUUGGCAUUUCUCACCCCCCUCCCAGUACUUUCUACACAGCCCUGCAUUUCGGUGGAGAGCCAGAGCAAAGUCCCACUUCUUCACCCUCUGCAGAUCCCUUAAGGGAGGAAGGAACACCAUUCCAUAAAGGCAUCCCUCAGAAGCAUCUGUGCCCCUGAAUCACAGCCGGGCUGCCCCCCUAAGUCCUCUAGUUGUUAACAGUGCCCACAGAGCAGAGUAAGGCUGGUGCAUCGUGCAUAGAUUUUUAUUGUAAUGAAUAUUUGAUUUUUGUAUAUACCGCCCUGAAACGUGUCUUUUUGAAUGAAGGUGCGGUGUAUGAAAUUUUAAAAUAAAUAAAUAAAACAAAAUAGGUAGAGGUUUGCCGCCUCCGUGAGUAGGCUCUGGAGGGUUUUCUGGCCCACUUGUUUCACCUGCCUAUUCCGUAUCCAAUGGAACAGCCCUUUUCAAAGGCGGGGAGAGGGUUUUCCUGGGCCUGGGCAGAGCUUUGUUUGGCUAAUACAAAUCUGUGAUUUCACGAUCUGAUACCAACACCUGGAGCCUUCUUCUGGGGUUAACAAGCCCAGCACAAAAUGUCUGCUGGCUGGUUGAGUGACACAGGAUAGCUAUUUCCCUCCCAUUGAAAUCUAUGGAAAGGAAAUCCAUCACACCAAGCCUGGCGUUGGUGUGAUGUUACAACUACUGUAUAGCUGAAAAGGUAGGCAGGGCCUUUGUGUGUUCCCAUCCCUCAUCUACCCAGCUGUUCCACUACUGUUCUUUUGCUGGGGAAAGGUAACACUACAGCAGUCUUAUCACGUGGUGUCAUGUUUCACAUUGUCACCUUGAGAUUCCUCUGAACCCUACAUCGCCCAGGAGUGGGGGAAUGUAUUACUGUCCAGGUAUUUUUGGCUGAUAUUCCAGUGUGGCUGAAAGUAAGGGAUUGUAGAAGGUGGAGUCUAUUCCUUCUAGAAGAGAGGAAGGUCAAGUCCUUGCUGAAGUCCCUUAAGUCAACGUAGCUGUUAGCUUGUUGGGGAAGGAUGCAGAAGACCCGAGUGCAAACCCUCCAUUUGGGCACAAAUCUUGGAAGGCAACC